GGAAAAACUCACCCCCCCCCCAAAUCAAUAGACAAACAUCUCUAUGGAGAAUGCAAAAGUUCAAGAGAUUCUGGAGAAGCAGGUGCUGACGGUGGCCAAGGCCGUGGAGGACAAGCUUGAUGAGGAGAUAUCGGCCCUGGAUCGCCUGGACGAUGACGAUCUGGAGGCGUUAAGGGAGCGCAGGCUCCAGCAGAUGAAGAAGAUGGCCGAGAAGCGUAGCCAUUGGAUCUCCCUGGGCCACGGUGACUACUCCGAGCUCCCCUCUGAGAAGGAUUUCUUUUCUGCCGUUAAGGCCAGCGACCGCGUUGUCUGUCAUUUCUACCGCGAUAAUUGGCCAUGCAAGGUGAUGGACAAGCACUUGAGUAUUCUGGCAAAGCAGCAUAUUGAGACACGUUUCAUCAAAAUCCAUGCUGAGAAAAGUCCCUUCCUGACUGAGAAGCUUAAGAUUGUUGUACUGCCGACUCUUGCCCUUGUAAAGCAUGCUAAAGUUGAGGAUUAUGUGGUGGGAUUUGACGAGCUUGGCGGAACGGAUGAGUUCGCAACAGGAGAGCUGGAGGAGAGGCUGGCAAAGUCCCAAGUAAUCAUUUUCGAGGGAGAAUCAUCGAUGAAUCAAUCCAAAGCUCCGACAAAGAGAAGUGUUCGCCAAAGUGAGACAGCAAACUCUUCGGAUUCAGAGUAACUAGUGAGUCAAAUCUUAUGUUGGAGGUUGUUCCAUCAUUUUUCAGUGCGUAGAGGUCGCAGAUGCUUAUUGGGAUUUCUAUCAUCCUUCUGGCCCCAUUGUUUGAGCCACUGCAGAUUCUGCAGCUGAUGGAUGGCAACGGUAUCAUCUGGGUUAAGGGUUUGCUUGAGUGUGCUUAAUCAAGAUUUCUCAUCCAUUUAGUGGGGUCCCAUCAGUAAUCACUACACAUCCUGCAUUUCUUUGUUGUGUAUGUGAAAAUUUCCUGUGUUAUUGUAAUUUUGCAAUGAAUUUGUGGAGUCCCAUUUUAUUGGAAAUACUCCAUUGUUCUUUUA